ACGCAAUAUUCAACAAAGAAAAUCAAUGAAUAUGAAAUUAUCACCAUAAAAUAUUGCUAUCCUAAUACAAAAUCGCAAACACAUAAUCCUCCCUCUCUAUUCUACCAAAGACACAAGGAGCUAGCCAUGGGAGAUAAUCAGGUUCCUGAUCCUACCGUUCCUAUCUGGCGCCCCUACCAACCCAGUUCACGCGACAAUGGCCUCCCAGGCUUUAAUCAUAAUACUAAUUAUGAUUUAAACAGCAAGAUUAUGCUCACUGCAAUUCUAUCAUUAUCCUUUGUUGUUGUGCUUGUUAUAGUUCUUCAUAUUUAUGCAAGAUGUGCUCUAAGGCGUCAUCAAGCCCGUCGCCGCGCUGUCAUGAAUAGCCUAGGGCUAACUAAUGCUAAUGUCAACUCCGGGGAGCCACCCAAGAGGGGGCUUGAUCCGACAGUCAUAGCCUCACUCCCCAUAUUUGUUUACCAGCAAACUGAAGGCCAAGCUGAGGAUGAUUUGAUAGAGUGUGCUGUUUGCUUAAGCAUGCUUGAGGAUCAAGAAAUGGCUAGGAUUUUACCGAAUUGUAAGCACAAAUUUCAUGCUGAGUGCAUCGAUAAAUGGUUAAGCUCCCAUUCUACCUGUCCUAUUUGUCGGACCGAGGCUGAGCCAAUGAUCCAGCCCGAGCCACGUGAAGGUCCGGCUGGUGGUACUGCACACACAGCUCCAAUGUUGGAGCCUAUGAAUUCUACAUCGGUAUGUGAUGAGGGCACAUCAUCAUCGGUUGGUGGAAAUCAACCAUCUCCAAAAGUCGUCGGUUCGGGUUCACGGUUGAGCUCGUUUCGAAGGAUGCUUAGUCGUGAACGAUCAUCAAGGAGAAUCCAACCUGAGGUUCAAGAUCAAGAGGGUUUUCAAGAUUUAGAGAGACAAUGAUUUUAGGUAAUAUAUAGAAUGCGUUUAUUUUAUAUACAUAUCCAAUUCCAGCUGGUUUACAUUUUUUGGGUGAAAAAUUUGAUGUUUUUCUGAUUAAAAUCGGUACAUAAUACAGAUGAUGAUAUCAAAUUUCAUAUGUAUUUAAUUUCCUUGGCUCCCAUCUCUA